UGCAGCUCUCAAGAAUACGCCAAGAAAUCAUUAUAAUGAAGGCUAGUGGAAGGCAGCUUCUGGGUUUGGUCUUUGCCAUCUUCGGCUCUCUUGGAUGCAUGGCCAUCUGCAUCGGCUCCACUUGGAAAUUUGCUCAGAAUAAUGGGCUGGGUUUGUGGAAGUACUGUGAGAGUCAGGACUAUUACUACAGGACAGCAUGUGAAGCUUAUAUUUCUCUGGAUGUACCUCAAGAACUGAAGGCUGCCAGAGUGCUCACCAUCAUGGCCAUCAUCAUCAAUGUUUUUGGUAUCAUGCUUGGUGUGGUAGGGGGCAACUGCACCACCAAUGAUCAGGAUGAAAGGCAAAAGACUAAAGAGGCCUUUGUUUCUGGAAUUGCCUUCAUCAUUGCAGGUGUCUUGGUGCUCAUACCAGUCUGCUGGACCACAAUCACCAUAGCUCAUGAAUCCUACAAUGAAGAAUACAGAAUGGGAGCUGCGCUCCACAUCGGGUGGGUGUCUGUAGGGCUGCUGAUACUGGGUGGAAGUCUCCUUUGCAGCUCCUGGCCACUCAAAAAGGAGACUAGCUAUGAUGUUAAGUACUCCCAACCUCCCUCUGUGUAAAUCAGGGUCUUGUAAAAAGAAAAAGCAGUUAAUUAGAAAGAGUAAAAGCUCUUUGAAACUUAAAUGUGUGAUUUGGAUGAGUAGUAAAGUUUGUGUAUUUAAACUUUCUGUAAAACCUUUGCCGUUGCUGCACCCAGGCUAUGGAAUACUCUCCUUCUUCAUAUUCGCGCGUCAGAUUCCAUUCAGUCUUUUAAAUCACGUUUAAAAACGUAUUUGUUUGAUCUGGCAUUUAAGGCGAAUUAGGGUAAUUUACAUCUGGCUCUGUAUUUAGAUUAUGUAAUUAUCUUAUAUUUUAUAUAUUUGUAAUUUAUAUUUUAUUGUGAUUUUAUUU